CCCCGCCCCGCCCCGCCGAGCGGUCGCCGCUCGCUCCCGUGCGCGGCGCAGCGCAGCGCGGUACCGCAGCGCCCGGCCCGGCCCGGCCCGGCCCAGCGGAGCGGCAGCCCGGGAGGAGUCAGUCCGCGCCUGACGCCGGGGGAAGACGAUGAAGCUGUAGAGAUGCUUCCCUACGUGAUUGCCACCCUGGGCUCAGCAGGGGCCACCUGCAAAGCCCCCACAUGCAACAACAGCACCAAGGACUACUGCUACAGUGCCCGCAUCCGCAGCACUGUGCUGCAGGGGCUGCCCUUCGGUGGGGUGCCCACUGUCCUAGCCCUUGACUUUAUGUGCUUUCUUGCACUGUUGUUUGUCUUUUCAAUUUUGCGUAAAGUUGCUUGGGACUACGGACGCCUGGCCUUGGUGACUGAUGCUGACAGGCGCCGACACUGGCAGACGGAGCGAGAGGAGCGGGAAUACGUAGCCUCUGCCCUGCACUCCGACAACCACGACCGCUACGAGCGCCUCACCUCCGUCUCCAGCUCUGUGGACUUCGACCAGAGGGACAACGGUUUCUGCUCCUGGCUGACAGCCAUCUUCAGGAUAAAGGAUGAUGAGAUCCGGGACAAGUGCGGGGGUGAUGCGGUGCACUACCUGUCCUUCCAGAGGCACAUCAUUGGGCUGCUGGUGGCCGUGGGUGUGCUCUCUGUGGGCAUCGUGUUACCUGUCAACUUCUCAGGGGACCUGCUAGAAAACAACGCCUACAGCUUUGGGAGGACAACUAUCGCUAACCUGAAUUCUGGGAAUAACCUGCUGUGGCUGCACACAUCUUUUGCCUUCCUGUACCUGCUGCUGACAGUGUACAGUAUGCGCCGGCACACCUCCAAGAUGCGCUACAAAGAGGAUGACUUGGUUAAGCGAACUCUUUUCAUCAAUGGGAUCUCAAAAUAUGCUGAGCCAGAGAAGAUCAAGAAACAUUUUGAGGAGGCCUAUGCCAACUGCACCGUCCUGGAGGCCCGUCCCUGCUACGACGUGGCCCGGCUGAUGUUCCUUGACGCGGAGAGGAAGAAAGCUGAGCGUGGGCGAAUCUACUUCACCAACCUGCAGAGCAAGGAGAACACCCCAUCCAUGAUCAACCCCAAGCCCUGCGGCCACCUGUGCUGCUGUGUGAUCAGGGGCUGCGAGGAGGUGGAGGCCAUUGAGUACUAUACCAAGCUGGAGGAGAAGCUCAAAGAUGACUACAAACGAGAGAAGGAGAAGGUGAAUGAAAAACCUCUGGGGAUGGCCUUUGUCACCUUCCACAAUGAGACCAUCACAGCCAUAAUCCUCAAAGAUUUCAACGCUUGUAAGUGCCAGGGCUGUGCAUGCCGUGGGGAGCCCAGGGCCUCUUCCUGCAGCGAGUCCCUCCACGUCUCCAACUGGACUGUCAGCUAUGCCCCUGACCCACAGAAUAUUUACUGGGAACACCUCUCUAUCCGGGGCUUCAUCUGGUGGAUCCGCUGCCUUGUGAUCAACGUGGUCCUCUUCAUCCUCCUCUUCUUCCUCACCACCCCUGCUAUCAUCAUCACCACUAUGGACAAGUUCAAUGUCACCAAGCCUGUGGAGUACCUCAAUAACCCCAUCAUCACCCAGUUCUUCCCCACCCUGCUGCUGUGGUGCUUCUCUGCUCUGCUGCCCACCAUCGUGUACUAUUCUGCCUUCUUCGAAGCGCACUGGACCAGGUCUGGAGAGAACAGGACAACCAUGCACAAGUGUUACACCUUCCUCAUCUUCAUGGUCUUGCUGCUGCCGUCACUGGGCCUGAGCAGCUUGGAUGUGUUUUUCCGCUGGUUGUUCGACAAAAAAUUCCUCGCCGAAGCCGCUGUGCGAUUUGAGUGUGUGUUUCUGCCGGACAACGGGGCCUUCUUUGUCAACUAUGUCAUCGCCUCUGCCUUCAUCGGGAACGCCAUGGACCUGCUGCGCAUCCCCGGCUUGCUCAUGUACAUGAUACGCCUCUGCCUGGCCCGCUCGGCCGCCGAGCGGAGGAACGUCAAACGACAUCAGGCCUACGAGUUCCAGUUUGGGGCUGCUUACGCCUGGAUGAUGUGCGUCUUCACUGUGGUCAUGACCUACAGCAUCACCUGCCCUAUCAUUGUCCCUUUUGGGCUCAUGUACAUGCUGCUUAAGCACCUGGUGGACCGAUACAACCUGUAUUAUGCUUACCUGCCCGCCAAGCUGGACAAGAAGAUCCACUCAGGGGCUGUGAACCAGGUGGUGGCAGCCCCCAUCCUCUGCCUCUUCUGGCUUCUCUUCUUCUCCACCAUGCGCACAGGGUUCUUGGCCCCCACUUCCAUGUUCACGUUUGUGGUCCUCGUGAUCACCAUUGUGAUCUGCCUGUGUCACGUCUGCUUCGGCCACUUCAAAUACCUCAGCGCUCACAACUACAAGAUCGACCACACGGAGGUGGAUGCCAUAGAAAACAGGCAGAACGGGAGACCUGCCACCAGUCUGCCGGCUCCCAAAUCAGCUAAGUACAUCGCCCAAGUGCUGCAGGACUCCUCGCCGGAGGGCGAAGCGACAGAGUCGGAGGAGCAGGGGUCGCAGGACGAGGAGCUCAUCAACGCAGACGGCAUGAACGACACGGAUUUCCAGUCGUGUGAGGACAGCCUGAUAGAGAACGAGAUCCACCAGUAGGGACCUCGGAGGGCGGGAGGGGAAAGGAGGUCCAGGAGCGGGGCAGGCUGUGUGCACGGAGACCCAGGGAGAGGCACCCGAGGGUGCUGGCCGCUGCCCUCGCCCACCCCCGGGGCCGCUGCCUUCAGUGAGGGCAGGGGCCCUGCCACACGAUCUCCAUUUCCCUGCCCUUCCACCCCUGUGCUGGCCCAGCAGCUCGGCGGGCAUGCUCUUGACUAGCUACCUUCUUUAACCCAUCCCCGGACCCCAAAACCCCGGGGGCUGGGGAGGAGGGGGACUGACCCCCCGCGGUGCUGCUUUGGACGUGCAGGGAGGAGGAUGGCUGGGUGCUUUGUGGGGAGGGGCGCAAAGGGAACCUUUGGAGUCUUCUCAGCAGGCCCCUCUGUCCCCCGUCCUCCUGGCGAGAAACACUAAUAAUUUAUUAGAUUUAUAGGAAGGUGAUAAAGAAAAAGCUUUAGUCAGUGUAUUGGAAGCCCUACCUAGGGAGGGGGGUGGCUUUUGUCGCACCUUCUCCCUGUACAUGCCCUUUCUCAACCCCUUGCAGCAUCCACUUGGUGUGACAUGCCAGGAGCCAAGCCAGGGCAGGCAUGGGGGGUGGUGACAGCAACUUCCCCCCAACACGCACACACACACCAUGGGGAAGGUGACAGCCUGGCCUGGUGGUCAGGGGCGGCAUCACCCCGGGACGGGGCAUGGGGUUGGUGUGAGCUGGGCAGCCCCUCACAGGGUGAGAGGUGCUGAGGGCAUUUCUCACGGGCAGGAGGAGGCUCAGGCAGCCUCUCACCCCCCAUCCCACCCCCGGGUCCUGUCCCCUCCUCCCCCAGGGGCACAGGCAAAGGAUUGCAGCGUCAUUUUAAGUGGCUUUUUUUUUUUUUUUUUUUUUUUUUUUUUGCACAUUCUACUCCCCUUUCAAACAUAAAUCAAGCUGUCCCCUUUGUGCUACUGCGACCCCCUUUUCUACCCAGUGUCUGAGCAGCAGGGUCUGGCCCAGGGGCAAUGGGGGCUGUGCUGGGGGUCUCUUAGGUGCUAGGGAGAGGGGAGGGAGCCUCCCGGACUGCAGGCCCUCGGCACCUUCCAGAGUCAGCGUUGCCUGGUUGGGAUGGGGCCCCAGGGGCUGCCGUCCCUGAGCUGCCACGGGGUCUUGCCCCAGGGAGGGAGUCCUGGGAGAGCAGCCCCUGGGAGCCCUCUCCAAGAAAUCCCACCGUCUUUGGGAGCACAAAAGACUCAGGGGGCUGUGCCCUGGCUGGGUGUAGGCUUCCUUAGCAUCACUUAGCCUGAGAGGGGGGGCUGUUGUUUCCCUCCCUUUGCCCUUGCCUCCUCCCUGGUGAUAGCUGCGUGCCUGAGGCAGUGAGGGGACAGGAUGGAGGGGAGAGGUGUACUGGAGCCCCUGGCAUCUGCAGGGAGGUCUGACCCUGUUUGAAGGCUCUCUGUGAGGAGGUUUCAGGAUCAGUUGCCCUCAAUUGCUUCCCCCGCCUCCCCUUGUGUAAAAUGUAAAGGAAAAUAAUGUCUCCCUGCUACUGAGCUAUAUUUAUUUCCCUCCACCCCCUGCCACCAUCCUGUUUGGUGCUCAUUGCGGACACUACCACCUUCCCUCUGCCUGUUGUCUGUGGGUGCUGCUCUGGCUCCCUGGGGCUGUGCCCUCCAGGCCGGGUGGAAGGGGAUAGCUAUUUACCUUUUCAGUCACCCAUGCUGGCCCUGGAGCUCCAAGCACUUUAAUAGAUCUGAAGAAGAGAAGUGUCAGCCCUGCCCAGCUCCUGUCCAGGGAAGGGCGGUCACAUCCCAUGGCUUUUCUCUCCCUCGCCCCCCCGUUAGAGGAGGGGAGCCAGAGACACGGAGCAGACGGGGCUCUGCUCCGGGGAGGACAUAGCUGACUUUCCUGUACACCUCUCUAUAGGAAUCCCAGGCCCGGAGAAAAGGGGGAACAGAGGGGAAGAGAUGUGGGUCUCUGAUGCAUGGGGAGGGCAGGCCACCCCAGCUCCCAGGGCUUGGCCAGGGCUGCAGCACAGGUGGGUGCGGAGGGGCACCGUGAGUGUCACUUGUCCCCUCCAGGGACAGCCUGGAAACGAAAUGAGCGUGUCCGCUCCCAGGCUGGGGUGGUGAGGAUGUCGAUCCUGCUUCCUUUUUCUUGCCCUUGCCCCCAGUCCAGCAGGCGGGCUGGGAUGCUCCAGUCUCUGUAGGUACAGCUGUGGCCCGGGCUGCCUCUGUGGCUGUCAGGGCUCUGCCCGCAGAGAGCUGUGUGUUCUGAGUGGCACUGUCUGUGUAGAGAUGUGUAUAAUACCCUGUAUAUAUUUGUGUACAAAAGAAAAAAGGAAAAAAAGGA